AUGGCUCAGUCCCCUUCGUUAUUUGGUGGCAGCGCCCGGCAGGUCAGUCAACCACCGCAUGACCGUGUGUCCCGUAGGUCUGAGGGUUGGGCCCGUGGAAGGCGGUCGCGGUCUUCCUCCGGGGGCUCUGGCUGCUCCAGGCGGAGCAGGACUACUGGGUCUUCCAGGAGGCACCGAAGGAACUACCGCCGGAAUUCCAGGAGCAGGGAGCGCUCCUGCAGAUCCCGCUCGUCCAGCUCAUCCCGCUGGCGGUCGCCAUCUUCCUCUGGUGGUAGUUCGGGUAGCUCUGUGGGUCUGGAGCGACGCUCUCGCAGGCGUGAGGGGCGGAGACAUCACUCCAGGUCUUCCCGCGGGGGCAGUCGGCCCUGCGCGGUUUCGGCUCCUGUGGUCAGCCCUGUUCCUGCUACGUCUUCAGGUGGAUCUUCUUCGUCUACAGUGGCUCCUGCGCAGACUGGAGUUUCAGUGACUGUGUCCGGAAGCGGCCUUGGAGGGGCUCCCCUGCCCCCUGUUGGUUUGGGGCUUGCUGAUCGAUGCUUGAUGCCCCUGAUUGAGUCAUCUGUGGAGGCUGCCACAUGGGCUGGACACGAUUCCCCGAGGGCCACGGUUUACUUUCUUGGGGAUUCUUACUUCCAUCUGGCUGCACAGCACGCGGAUUGUCGACCCGGUGGCAGGUCGUUGGGCUGUGAUGUCGAUGCGCACUGGAGAGGCAUCCUGGGUAUGCGGUGGCCGAGGGUCCUGACUGAGGUAGUGGAUAUCGCCAGAACGGCUCAUUCUGGGGUGAUCCUUGUGGUGCAUGUGGGCGGGAAUGACCUGUGUUAUUCCCGGGUUCCGGACCUGAUAACGCUCAUGAAGGCCGAUGUGGACCGGAUUUCAGGUUUCUUUACGAAACUGGUGCUGGUGUGGUCGGAGAUUGUGCCGAGAGUUUCUUGGCAGGGUGCUCGAAAUGCUGCCGCCAUUGAGCGAUCUCGCCGUUUGGUGAAUUCGAGGAUGGCUCGGUUUGUGCGAUCGAAAGGUGGAAUUGUGGUUCGUCAUCGAGAGUUGGAGGGUGACAACAGACAGUUCAUGAUCCCAGAUGGCAUCCACUUGAAUGAUACAGGUUUUGAAAUAUUUUUGUCGGGCCUGAAGGACGGUUUGGAGCAGGCACUGCUCCUUCUUGGUGGCAGUCGGAGCACUGUGUAGGGGUACACGGGUUCCUCAGUAGCCGGUUGAGUAAAGUCAGGAUAAAGGGCCGUUGGCGCACAUGCCCGCCGGGAGUAUGGCGGCUGGCAUACCGCUUCGGCUGAAGGUGUACGCCAAGUUACAGUUUAACAAACGGUAAAGUAAACUGCAAUGCAGU